AUGAAACUUGAUGGGGGAUUACCAAUUCUGAACCCCCAAACCCCUACCAUCCAAAUAUCCAUCCUUCCACGCCACCAUCCUUUCAUCGUUCAGUCUAAGCACCCUCACUCCAUCCAAACAUCCCACCGGCCAACUAUACGUCCAUCUCUUCGCUCAAAUAUCCCUCACCCUAAAACGUCAACCCAACUAUUCAUCCACCCCUCCACUCAACCAUUCAUCCCAUUCUCAAUUCAAUCAAUCACCCCUCCAUCGAACCAUCCAUCCAUCCCAAAAUCCCUCCACCCAACGAUCAAAGCAUUUCUCCACCUUUCACCCAAAUAUCGCUCCACCCAACCCUCAUUGAAUCUCUUCAACCAUCAUAACCCUCGCCCAAUUAUCCAUUCACUCCUCCACCUACAUACACUCCACCCAACCACCCAUACGUUUCUCCGUCCAAACACCAAUCCUUUACUCUAUCCAAACAUCCCUCACCCACCAUCCUUUCUUCGCACCACCCCUCUUCCAAUCAGACCUUGA